GAGAGGUUGAAAGGUAGGAGAGAAUCCAAAUCACAAGAGAAAGAGAAAGAAAAUGGUGAAACCAAACGAAAUAGAGAACGUGACAGUACAACAACCAGAAUCAACAACAAUAGAAUCACUCAAACGUACUUUGUACAACGUUGAACAACUUCAAUCUCAAUUACCUGAAUUCCUUGCUCUAUCAGACCCUGAUCAUCUCUCUACACUCCCACUCCUUCAACGUGCUCAUUCUCUCUUCUCCCUCGCUAAACUCACUUCUACCCUCUUUGAAUUGAAGUUGAAGUGCAGAGGGAUUAACCCAAAUGACCAUGCCUUUAAAUCUGAGCUUGAUAGGUUAAGUGUGUGUCAAAAGAGACUGGAACGACUUCCAGAUUUGAGUGAAGAACAGUGGCAAGAUAUGGUGGAGCAAAAGUUUUAUGAGGAGCAGACUGGUCAAAAGAGGAAGUAUCCAUCUUCCGAAGAACAAUUCGAUCUAAUUGAUUCCAAGGAGUAUGUGGAGAAAUUGCCAGGGGAGGAUGUUGUUGGUGGUAGUAGUAGUGGAAGCAGUAUCAAGGAAGCAAUAAUAAUUGACUUAUCAGAUGAUGAUGACGAUGAUGAUGAUGAGUAUAUGUGAACAACAUGGAGCUGUGUUCAUGGGAGCAAAUCAUUUUGAUGUGUUCAGCGUCCUUGUUGCUUUUGGAUGACUCAUCAAAGCUUGGUGAUGCGUCAAUAAUUAAACGGAAAGUGGGUCGCACACUAACAUGUCUCAUCUCAGUUAAUGGGCAACAGUAAUCCAGCUAUGAAUUGCUGUUUGUAAGAGAUGAAUGCUUAUUGCUUAUGGCUUGUGACUGGGGUUGACUAUGCUUUUUAACUGGUGUUUUAAGAUUACAAUUGUGCCUUCAACUAUGUAUAUAUUGUAUGGAUUCAAUGUUAGACGAUGACUUUUGAUGUCAGUUUUUGAUUUCAUAUUCAUUCAGCAACA